GCCUUCCUGCCUGCCCGCGGCGCGGCGCGGCCGGAGCGCCCCGCAGCCAUGGGCGAUGGGUGGCUGCCGCCCGACUGCGGCCCCCACAACCGCUCCGGAGGUGGCGGGGAGACGGCGGCGCCGACCGGGAGCCGUCAGGUGUCCGCCGAGCUGCUGUCGCAGCAGUGGGAGGCGGGCAUGAGCCUGCUGAUGGCCCUGGUGGUGCUGCUCAUCGUGGCCGGCAACGUGCUGGUGAUCGCGGCCAUCGGGCGCACGCAGCGGCUGCAGACGCUCACCAACCUCUUCAUCACUUCGCUGGCCUGCGCCGACCUGGUGAUGGGGCUGCUGGUGGUGCCUUUCGGGGCCACGCUGGUGGUGCGGGGCACCUGGCUGUGGGGCUCCUUCCUCUGUGAGUGCUGGACAUCGCUGGACGUGCUCUGCGUGACGGCCAGCAUCGAGACCUUGUGCGUCAUCGCCAUCGACCGCUACCUGGCCAUCACCUCGCCUUUCCGCUACCAGAGCCUGAUGACCAGGGCUCGGGCCAAGGGCAUCAUCUGCACCGUCUGGGCCAUCUCCGCCCUGGUGUCUUUCCUGCCCAUCAUGAUGCACUGGUGGCGGGACGAGGACCCUCAGGCGCUCAAGUGCUACCAGGACCCGGGCUGCUGCGACUUCGUCACCAAUCGGGCUUACGCCAUCGCCUCAUCCAUCAUCUCCUUCUACAUCCCCCUCCUCAUCAUGAUCUUCGUGUACCUGCGGGUGUACCGGGAGGCCAAGGAGCAGAUCAGGAAGAUCGACCGCUGCGAGGGCCGGUUCUAUGGCAGCCAGGAGCAGCCGCAGCCACCCCCGCUCCCCCACCACCAGCCCAUCCUCGGCAACGGCCGCGCCAGCAAGAGGAAGACAUCCCGUGUCAUGGCCAUGAGGGAACACAAAGCUCUGAAGACAUUGGGUAUCAUCAUGGGGGUGUUCACCCUCUGCUGGCUCCCUUUCUUCUUGGUGAACAUUGUCAACGUCUUCAACAGAGACCUGGUGCCGGACUGGCUCUUCGUUUUCUUCAACUGGUUGGGCUACGCCAACUCCGCUUUCAACCCCAUCAUCUACUGCCGCAGCCCGGACUUCCGUAAGGCCUUCAAGAGGCUGCUCUGCUUUCCCCGCAAAGCCGACAGGCGGCUGCACGCCGGCGGCCAACCCGCCCCGCUGCCCGGGGGCUUCAUCAGCACCCUGGGCUCCCCUGAGCACAGCCCAGGGGGGACGUGGUCCGACUGCAACGGGGGCACGCGGGGCGGCAGUGAGUCCAGCCUGGAGGAGAGACAUAGCAAAACGUCCCACUCGGAGUCCAAGAUGGAGAGGGAAAAAAACAUCCUGGCAACAACAAGAUUUUACUGCACAUUUUUGGGAAACGGCGACAAAGCUGUUUUUUGCACAGUAUUAAGGAUUGUAAAGUUAUUUGAAGAUGCUACUUGCACAUGUCCACACACACACAAAUUAAAAAUGAAAUGGAGGUUUAAACAACACCAAGCCUGAAAGUGAUCUCUGUUUUUGUCUGAUCUGUUAUGGGUUUAUUGAGAGAGUGACUUUUUAUAUUAUUUUAUGAAGGUACUGUAAAUACAUCCGUAUUAUAAAUUAAAAUAUCUGAAGGGACUUCUAUUAUUUUUAUUUCCAAGUGCCCGCGUGAAUCUGCUGUUAUUUUAGCACUUGUGUGUCGUUUCCAUUCUCCUCUGUGUGUGUUUUAUAACCUAUUUAUACUCUGGUGCAAUUUACUACUGUGUAAGUAAUUAGUCGAUGUGCAAUAAAUGCCAUUGCAGCACAAGCAAGCGUGUCUCUAUAGGUUUCGAAACAAUACCUGCCUAUAAAGGGAAGAGCAGUGUUGUUUUUCCCCAGAGAUGGCUCAGAUUACCAGCAGAACUUAUCUAAUGGCUUUGCCUGACGCGGGAUUGUAAAACCGUGUUUGAAACCCAACUGGCUUGCGUUCCUGUUGCACCAAAGUCUGCCGACUUCCCUUAGAACCAGUGCUAACAACAAGGUGUUUCCAGCCUGAUAAUGAGGACGCUCGCUUUCUGUAACCGUGCCGUUUGGGGUUGUAUUCAUGCUUUGUUAGAGGCAGAGAGUCAGGGGACUGCAACACUCAGGGCUCUGUGAGCAAGGGGGGUGUGUGUCUGGGUUGUUGGUGCAGAAGGUUGCCCGCUCUCAGUGCUCUGUGAAGGUACGCUGUAUCAAUGUUUCAUUACUGCAAUGAAUGCAGAGUGCACUACUGCAGGCAGAGCAACAAAAAGGCAGCGUAGGACAGCUCACGUCAGUGCGGAAUGAAAGUGAAGCCGUUUUUAGCUUUAUUAGACUCCGAAGGAGAGUUAAGUUAGAAAUCAGCUUCUAGGAAGAGUGCUUCCCAAGGUGAGAUCUGUAGGAGAGCAGCCAACAGUUUGUUUUGGAAAUCAUUUGUUGCGUUUUUUUAAGUUAAAGAAUUUGUCUUUAGCAAUAUCUAGUGAUGUAUUUUGAAGAGUAAAAGAAGGGAAGUUGUAUAUUUAGUGCAAGAACAAAAUAGCAGCACUAGGGAGAAAUAAUCCUUCUGAGCUGAUUUAGCUGGAGUCUGACUGUGAGCUGCAGUUAGUGGUUUCUCCCUUGAUAACAGUGGGGAAGGGUCUUUAAGACACUGCAGUAGCAGGUCAGGUGCUGGGCAAGUUCUGCUCUGCUACCACAAGGCACGUUGGUUUUUCACCCUGCAGACCUGGUUCUGUCUGUGAUUCCAGCAAAAUCAGCAGGGCGCUGCAGGUGCAGGGGAAAGUGGCAUAGAAAAGUGGUGGCUGCUUGCAUUGGAGAUGGAAUAGGAUGGGGCAGGAUGGGAUGGGAGGGCAUGGCAGCACUGCCUGGUGCCAGCAGCACUAACCCUUUAACCCCAUCACUGGGUUUGACAGGGCAGGAUCUGGCCCCAGCACAUAUGUACUCAGACUUCAGCAAGCAAUGAGUGUGUUGGGUCAGAGGGGUCUGUAGGUGGGAAAUUUAGGGCCAGAACUUACUCAGCUCAUUCUGCUGAAUAGCUGUGUUGGGUCAUCCCUUGGGAGAGCAUCACAGCAGUAAGGAGGAUAAAGGCAAGGCGAGUGCUGCUCAUUGACCACAGUAGGACCAGCUGCAUGAGCACAGCGGUCAGGAGGUGUUCCCAAUGAGGUCUGGCCAGUCAAGGACCCGCUGGGAAAGCCUGGAGCCUGCAAGCUGGAGUGGUAAUAGGCAGUGAAGAGGACUCAACUGGUAGCAGAUGGGGGUCUGUCAUGAGGGGAUACCAAAAGGGUGGCACGGUGACCCUGUAAGCACGGAGGGACGCUUGUCUGGCCAUGUGCAUGAGCAUGGGAAGCUGUUGUUGACCCCAGGACACGGACUGUGCUUGGGACAGGCUGUGCUUCAUGGCUGGAGAAGGAGCAAGCCCACAAAGACUAACAGGAUUCCUGAAAUGAUUUGGAGAAAAUGAGUCAAAAGCUCAGUGUGUUGGGUUUUUUGAAGAAAGCCAGAUGUUGAUUAUCAAUUGGAGCUGUGUCAGAAAGUACAGGUGGCAGCACAUGGCUGCACGUGUAUGUGUGCAAAGAAGUCACCACCAAGAGCACAGGCCUGCAAGGAAUGGAGAAAGGCAAAACAAAUCCCUGCUGGGAAGGCGGCGGGUGUCUACCAGGGCCCAAAUCAUUUGUUAUGAGUGCCUGAGACGUGUGCAUGUCAGGGCUGGAUCUUCAAAGGUGCCGGUGGCUUUCUGGCAGCAUUUGCGCAGCAGGAUGGAGCAGCAGUCUGCAGCCCUCCGGGUGCCUGGGUGGGAAUGUCAGGUAGGAAGCCCGGUUUUACUUCUGGCUGUCUGCAGGGAACUGAGGAAAAGUGUAGAUGGAUGUUUCCAAAGUCUGAAUGUACUGAAGUGCUGCUUGAAAACUCACUGCACUUCAAAACUGUGACUCCAUUCGUCAACUGAUUGUAGAUUCACACCAAGCAAUAACUGACGAACCAAUGAAACAGUGCCCAAAAAAUGUGGCUUAAAAUUAUGAUCUGAGCAGCACCCACAGUACAUACAGGAUUUGACAGCAUCAGCUGUUGGCUUGUGAUGCAGCACGCUCUGCUGCUUCUGUGAGCAGUUGCUUUCCCUUCUGAGUAAGCAUGUGUUUUCAAGUAAAGGGACAACUUUUUCAGCAGCUUGUUAUUUUUUUCUUUGCUAAACCCUAUCUGAAGUUGACUUUUAUUAAUAACUUUUAAAUGGCUAUUUUGCAAACCUUCCUUGUGCCGCGCGCUUUCCUCAUUUAUUGUAAUUUCCUGUCUAGAGGAGUGCACUUAACUUCCUUUAUGUAAUAUAUCAAUUGCAGGGCUGGAAACUGUGCAGCUAUGAACUAAAGGAGCAGGCUUUCUUGAGGCCAAAUGCGGUCAGGCAUCACUGCCACUGGCAGCAGAAUUUGACCUGAUAAUCUAAUCUUUUUGGAGAGACUAUCUCCACAAAAGUAUUGUUUCCAGCAGUAAAUGACCUCUGUUAAUGAAGCUGGAGCAAUUAGUCCCAUUCAAAGCUGUCAAGAAAAUGUUAACCGCUAACCAACAGUUAACGCUGGAUAGCUGAAUAAUAAGUGUUUUGUUUGUCGGUGUGUGUUAGGUGAUGUGUUGGGAAAUAAUUAUCCUUUGACUAGCAGCCAGCUUUGUGCUAAUCAGAAAGGAGAAGUCAUGUUCUGUUUGAAGGAUUAUACCUAAAAAUAGUUCUGCUACAGCCCCAUCAACGAGGGAAGUGAAGCAAAUUCACCGAGACGCACACACCUUCCUAAUAUUUCAGCCUGAGUCCUCAAAACCCUUUGUUCAGCUGGAACUUUCUGUUUGAUCGUGUCAGGAGCGCUAAUGCGAUCUCCUGGGAUCGCGCUCAGCACGCUCUCCCCGAGGAGCAUUCCCCUAUGCACCACUGACUUGCUUUCACAGCCUGCCAAAUUCCUCAACGCCCGGGGAGGAAGCAAGGAGUCCUCCUCUCUGGGUAAACAGCCGCACGUAAUGUAAGAUCAACACUAUUUGUAAUCAUGGGCUCACGGAAGGAAUCAAUACGCUUUUUGUUUGCCUGCCCACUUGGUAGGAACAGCCGCAGCAGGCGGUUCGCCCUCGCCAGGGGCUGGCAGACUGGGCUGGGAAAAGCCACAGGAUGGGAAAAGGAUGAGAGAGGUGGUGAUGGCAAGCAAACCUGUUUGUAAAUGGCAAAAUUGGGGGCUUUGGAACCAUACUGGAGGUGCUGCCUUCCUCUGGGAAAGUCUCACAACUUCUGAUAGGGGGACAUCAGGCUGACACGCUGCAGAAACAUGAUCUAAGAGGUGCCACUUGCUGCCUGGCAGCUGACACGUGCCCCAGGCACUCCUAAACGAUUUUGACACUUUUUGAGCAGCCCCCAGCAGACAUGCCUGUCAAACCAGUGGAGGCUGCAUCUCCCCCAGCAGCUGCCCUCCUGCCGAGGCCAUCGCUGCACGCCGAGCUUUGUGACCCAGAGUCCUCCCCGGCCUGGCCUCAUGCCUCAUCUGUGGUCCUAACAAGGGACAGUAAACAAGAGAGUUCGGAUUCAUUAACGGUAAACAGGCCUUAGCUUGCAGCAAGCAUGCGUUCCCUCCCCUGCCCACCGCCAUCUUGUCUUGCUGGCAGCUGGCUGCACGCUCCUUCAUGUUGCUGGCUGCUCGCUUUGCCUUGGCGCCCAGCAGGGCUCUGCCCAGACAGGAGCUGUGCCCCGUCCUGAUGGGCACCGUGCUCAAUGCUGUUAGUGCCAGCUGCAAACACACCAAACAAAUAGAAAAUACCCUGACCUCGAGGUCAGUAACCUGAAAGGGAAAGCAGAAGUGUACCCUGGAUUCUGCCGCUGCUGCAGGCAGUGGUGUGUUGUGGGCACGGUGGUGUGCCUUUCCUCUCUGAUCCUGUGUAACACGCCGAAUCCUGUUACCCUUAAUGAGAUUAAAUGGGGAUUUUCUCCUGGUUCUGUGCUCCAGCCAUCAGCCACUCUUCUUCACCUCCAGGCAAUGAUGUGCCUUGCCUCAUGUCUCUCUCAAAGCCAUGCUAUUCAGACUUCUCACCAAAAUGAUUUUGGUAAUUGGUCCUAAACUCAUUGGCACAGAGCUGUGAAAGGUAUAUUUAAGGGAAUACAGCAAAGAGGCACUAUGGGGCUCAAAAUCUCAGCAGCUGCUGAUUGAAUAAAUAUUGCAGGCAGAAAAAAUCCAUUUUUAAAGGCCCCUUAAGGGGCUGGCAGUUGUUUCCUUCAGGCGGGAUUUCAGAAUACCCUCUGGUUUCAAUAAAAUAUUUCUGGCGUAACAGAGCAGCUCUUGACAAACAAUUUGCAAUGUGGUAAAACUUUUGAGUACUUUGUGGUCAAAAUUUCCGGACUUCUUAAGAGCAAGAGAUUCAGAGAAGCCCCCGGCACACUUUCUUAGCAGGGAGUAGAUAACAACUUUCUGCCUGGAAGUUCCUCAGUGCCUCUCCAAUGCCAUGCUGCUCCAUGCUGGUCUCCUCCAUGCAGCCUGAGGGCUUGAGGCUGCUGUUCCCUCCAGGUUCCCCUCAUUGCUACAUUCAGCGGGGUGCUCUACCCAUGGUGGAGGUGGGAACUUGGACGCUUCUUCCCCAACCCCGCUCCAGGAAGGCGAGCGCGGUGACACAAAGACCUGUGCCAACCUACGCCCCUGCUCAGGAUUACCAAACCAACCAUUGUGCUGGGGAGGGAGGGGUGCUUCCUCUUGGACAGGAGCAGGUAAAUUGGGAGACGUCCACAAAGCUACCAUUGUUUAGUGUCCCGGUUGCUCUCUGAGCCCAGCUUUCAAGGAGGGAUGUGAUGUUUGUCUGCUCUUCCCCUAACUACUCGCUUGGGAGCCUUCAAAUAAAGCCUCAAUUAGCUCGCUUACGCCAUUGAAAGUAACAUAGGAUGAGUUCCCUGGCAGGCAGUGCCCUCACAACUGGGUAGCAGGGAGACCUGAUUACAGCCCAAGCUAGAACAUCAUGUGUAACCCAACUGAGCAGCCAGAAACGCUGACACAGGGCACUGACCAGCCUUACAGCGGGUGUUGGACAGGACAGGCAGCCCACCUGGCUCCAGGAUGGUGGCUGCAGCACAUGAAGCUAAGAUGGCCACACCAAGGUCCACUUGCAGCCACUCCUCACUCUUUUCCAUGGUCACCACAAACAGGAGGAUUGAUAGCAGCACUCUGUAGCUUACAAGAGGUAGGAUAAUAAAGUGCAUUAAAGUGUUCUCAGCACCACAGAGACCAAUAGGAUUGCAUAAAAUAUUCAGGCCUUUUGGAACUUUAACAUAAUAUUCAGAGUAAGACAGCUGCAGAUGCAGUAAUUGCCAAUAACAACAGGUAUUGUAACAGUGCUUCAUAUCAUCCCAAGAGCAUCCACACGAGAGCUUUUGUUUCUUUUUUGCUGCUGGUUGGUUGCCAGCAAGCUGGGAGCUGGGUGAGCACAUCUGCAGUUUUCAGUGCCAAUCCAACCCUAUGGCAUGUCCCUGCUGGCAGAGCCUCUGGAGACACACAAGCAUCAGGCUCACUGGGGGGAGAACAAGGCCUUCCAGGAAAGGCUUAUUUCAGCUGGUCUGCAUGGAUUGCAAGAACACGGAUAAUGGCCCGAGGGAAAUGGGAAGGUGCAGAGUGACAAGGCUGAGACAAUCUGUUUUGGUUGCAGCCCUGAUGUCGAUCUAUUGGAUGAGAUCACAAGCUUUGUGUCUGGUGAUGCUGCAGAAGCUGAGAUCCAUACAAGUACCCUUUGAACUGUUAUUUUGCCUUCUCAGGGUGUAGUUACAUCCAAGGGAAGAUCAUGAGACUGACUCGUCAGCCCUUGGCAGAGCCUUGGACCAAGGGGGUUGGAAGUGCAGCUCAGGUAGCUGGUGGCAGCAGUAGUUGGGAACUAAGCUUGUCCUCAGUUGCAAGGGGGUGGCAUGGCACCAAGCCACAGCCAGCAGAUAAAUAAUUCCCCAGGAGGAGCAGCUCUGUUUGCACAGUGUUCUGACACUGAUGGGCCCUGUUAGUGACUUUGAGCAAUUCACAUUAUGCGUGUCUUCUGGUGGAAGAAACGUCACUGCUUUUAUUUCUGUGCACUCCACUCAUGCAGGAGCAAGGAAUGCAAUGAUAAAAAAAAAGCCUGGAAUAAUGUCACGGCUGGAUUGUUUCCAUUAAUAUAUCUCAUUAUAUAAUGCUUUCAUCACUCUAGAACAUCUCAGGUGCCUUUUAGGAACAUCUGUGUAUCACCAUAAUAAAGAAGGUAACAUUGCAGAGCAUGCUGGGCAUCGAUGAGAUACUUUUUAAUUGCACUGAAUGCGUUCACGCUUUUGCAUGGUAUGGAUUUCUUUGCCUUUAUGUUAUGAGACACUUUAUAAAUUAAACUGUUGAGGUUGUCAAAUGCAUGCCAUUAACACCAGGAGCAGAUAAUGCGGGGUCUGUCACUGCGCCUGUCUCCAGAUAAAGUCCCUGGAAGGAGAACAGUGGCGCUCUGAAUUCCUUCUGACCUCCACUCUUUGGUGCUGCAUCUCAGAAGAGAAAAAUUAUCAUUAUUGGCGUGGCUCAACCUCCCUUUGAAAUGCAGUUAUUUUUUACUCAUGCAUUCCAAGUAUUUUUUGUAUGAUAUCAGUGAGAAACUUGAAACCCCCUUUGAGGAGCAAAAGAUUUCCUGCAGCACUACUAUUAAAGAAAAUGGAUAGAUCAAGUAGUAAAGUUCAAUGACUUACUUAGCAUUAAAUAAGAAAGAGAAUAAUGAAUAGGAUUUUGUGUGCAUGUUUUUCCUCUGCAGGGAGCAGUCAGGAUAAUGGGUUUGUAUUGCCUUCUGCUGCUGUUCACCCAUUUAGGUGAGUUCAAAACACUGUUGCCUUUUAAUUUUUCUCUCAUUUCCCUGCAAACCUGAUACAACUUUUAGUACACAGAGCCUUGCACACAAAUGGGUUUGCUACCAUCCAUUCCAACUAGUGAGGAAGACACCUCUACAUCCCAUGAGGUCUCAUGGCUUGCUGCAUGACAUCUGUAUUUUACACUAGGUAGCUGUAAGUAGGCAAUUCGUCGCUUAGGGUGGACACUUAUUUCCUACUAUUAUGAGCUCAGUCUUUAGUGUUCCUCAGGAGAGACGUUAUUUCCUACUGGGUUCACCAAAAAGUGUUUGGGUUUUCAGCCCCCCACCUUUAUUCAUGGGCUUUGCCAAGCAUGCCGUUUUGAUUUUAUUGGGGAAGGAAGGGAGGGGGGUGUAGGAGGAAACUAUCACAAAACUAUAUAACAUAAACAACUUUCUAAUGUAAACUGCAAGCACUGCUUAGCAAGGAAGAAGUUAACACUUGGGGGAGGAUGGAGGACUCAUUAGGGCAAAGAUAUAAAUAGCAACCCAGGAAGCUUGGGGAGGAACACAGGGAAGCUAUGAGCCCUGAACACAGAUGGGUGAAGGUCUCCCUGAAAGCCCUCUGCUGCACUACCCUUGGGGCUGGGAUCUGGUCCUCCUUGCAGCAUCCCAAGACUAGGCAUGCUCCAACAGGAUCCCCACAUAACUGACUGGUUGGUUAAUGGUGAACUCAAAAUGCAUUUAGGUCACCCAAAAACUUCCUAUGGAGACACAAGCCUCACUGCUCCUACCUACCCCUGCCUACCCCAAACCUUCUUGGGUCCCAAGUUGGGAGCUGCUCCGUGCCUGCUCCAAUGCUCAGAGCAGGAUUUCCAUUUUCCCACCCGCCUUGAUGCCUCAGGCCUUCUGGUUUGUUUUUCAUCUGAAUGGGAAAUGUGUAAUGAGAAACUGUUUAAACAACUUAUGGUACAAGGAAACUCGCGGGGGUAGAGCAUGUUAUAAUUAAUUUCCAAGGAAAUGAUGCACUCUCCAAAAGUGUUCCUCUCAAGCACUGCAAUUUAAAGUUUCAGGAUACCUACUGGUCCCUUCAGAGCUUCCUACAGCCCUGGACCACCAUGACAAAGCACAGAGUGCCCAAGCACACUGUGCUCUGACCCGCAGUUACUUGCAUGGGUGGGUCCGAGCAUGCUGGUGCUGGUGAAGGAAAGCCCUUGAACGAUGAAGUGCCAGAGGAAAUAUCUUGUGCUAUUUCCAGCCCUGCAUUUUUACAUACAAAGAGUUUCUGAUCAGAUGCAUUUCUGAAGCUUAUCUGUGUGAAUAUUUGACUGCUUACCCAAGAAGAACAAAAGCCUUCAAACCUUCUGAGGUCCAUCCAUCAUGAGCCUUAUCUCCCCAUGUCACCACAUGGCUCCCGGCCACUGAGAGCCUCCUGCUACCAAUGUCCUCCCACCAUCUCUUCUCUCUGAGUGGAUUCACAGUAUUAUUCAUGAUCUCCUGCUUGGCUCCCUGCUACUCCAGCAAUAGCUCUGUGUGCAGCCAGCCAGCAUCCCAUCUAGAUGCAUCCAUGAUCCACUGCUGCCCACUGCUUCCAUCCCCAGCAUAUAUCCUGAUGGAGCCAGCAGGUGGGAUGCUUAAGAUCUUCACACCCCGAAACAUCCUGGUACCACUCAGUAGCUGAGCUCAGUGCCUGAGCCUCCAGGAUGCACAAUGAGGGCUGAGCAAGUACUUGGGGAUGAUGUCGGUGCUGGUGGCUCCAUGGGUGUUCCUGGCCAUAUAAGACAGCAGAGUGGAUGGUGUUAGGCUGAAUUUACACACUGCAUUACUCAGGCUUGUCAGAGGAACCUGCACAGUGUGUUGUAUUGCACUCACAGAGCAUUUCUUACUUUGAAGUUGAGCUGGCACAAGAAUUUGCCUGCAGUCUGCAUUCCAGUCAAAGCCAUGGCCAAGAACAACAGAGUGAAGACAUUGAAAAGAGCCACCCAUCCACAGUGCAUCCCAGCAGACUGGCUCAGGGCAGGGAUCAGCAUCUGAGCAGACUGUAGCUUCAAAGCUGGUGCACAGUGGCAGGGAUCAGAAGCUUUGGUGCUGGCUUGCUUCUACACAACCUUCAGCAUCAGGGUGGCCCGUUCUGGUGGGCACUGCUUUCUCGUGCCCCUUUUCACAACAUGAUCUGUCCUGUGGGCUGCUAUUGCUCUCCUCUCCAUAGUUUUAAUUCUUUUUCUCUGUUUUGUUGGCAAGGAAGGUAAAACUAAUUUCCCCUCAUAUAUGACAAUGGCAAGAAUAUUGUUGACUCAAUAUUGACUCAAUAGUAUGAGGCUAAAUGUAUUUUUAUACUGUGUAUGUUAAGCUAUUUAUAAAUAUUAUAUCACUUCUGGGUCAUCUUCAGGGUUUAAAAUAAAGUCCUAAUUUAAACAUAAUUUUCCAGUGUUGACAGAUGUGAUAAAUACAUUUUUGUUCCAGUAAAACCUAAUUUCAACAAUGUUUUGCAAAAUUCACUGCAAGCUAAGGAUUAUUCCCAGAUUUUUUUGUUUUGUUUGUCUUCAUCUCCGGUGUUUAGUUUAAUGCCACGUUCCAUUAUAGAAAAACCAUUUGUGACUGCAGUAAUUUGUUCACCAAAUCUCUGCUUAAGCAAUGGGAGAAUGCUCAUGAGAAGAUCUCGAGAGAGGAGUUGGCUCAUGCCAUGGAAAUUUUGGGGCAGUUACAGCAUUUUUCUGCACCGCAGAAGACUAAAAGACAGUUGCCACCCCUCCUUGAAGGGGCCCAGGGCACUUGGCCUUCUGCUAACACAACUGGAACACAUGUGCUCGGUCACAGCCUGAGGCAUGGCAGAACUUCAUUAACACUGCUACAGGAAAUUGCACAUCUGUGCAGUGGCUGAAGACAGAAAACCUGUCCCUAGAGCCCCAGUGGCACACGUGACUUACACACUCAAACCUCCCCUCUUAAAUCAUGCUCCUCAGUAUUAAGAUGACGGCCACCUCCCUCACUCCAGAGCAUCCUUCUUCUUACAAAGGCUGCUUCUGAAGCUUUGCAGCUAGUCACAGAACCGGCCCUCAUGGCACUGCUACAGCACUCGGAGGCAAAUUUUUGGCCAUUGAACUAAGCUUGAUAUCCAAGGUGAUGCCAAAAGAAAGACAAAAAAAAUGGGAAGAGUGGGAGAGAUUUCAUGUCCAGAAAGUGAGGUCAAACAGAAGAUCUCCAUCUAUGAGAGGGUUGCAUUUCUGUUGCUGAGCUUUCCAUGAAAGUUCUAAGUCUCUCCAGAAUUUCUCUGGACCUUCUCUACUUUUCCUGCUUUCCUGUGUAAACAGCUAUGAGGAAGAUCUCUUUUUCUGGAAAGAAACAUUUUCAUUCUCCAGUAAAAUAUCAUCCUCUUGCAUCAGUUACUAUUGAUUGUGGAUGUAAUUGCAGCAAAACAGAGCCUUUAUAUGUUGUGAGGUGAGGCAGAUCCUGUACUUACACAGGAAAAGUACAAGGAACAAUGAGCAGGAAAAACAAUCUGUUUUGAAGUGUUUUGGAGCUGUUGUCUAUCUUCUGAGCUCCGCAUCAUCCAACCCAUACUGCCCACUCCUCCUCCCCCUUGGACAAUCAAGAGACAAUGCUAUUUGGAGAGCAGCCAUGUGUGCUGGAGAUGUGCAAGUACUGACACUUGUGGACUGCCCUCCAUCUGCUCAGAGCCUCCGGGUGCUGAGCUGAAAUUACCUGGGAAAGGGGCAGGCAGAAAGGGAGAGAUGUCUUCUGGUGGGUUGCUAAGGAGGUGGCUCAGGAUGCUUUGAUGGAGACACGCAAAGGACAUCAUCCAGUGUCACCUGCUGUGAUAAUCUUUACAGUGGGAGCAGGUGCUGGAGGGUAAUCUUUCUGGUUUUUUUUCUUGGCUGUGGUUCACUUUAGUCACUAAGACUGAGCAGAGAGGAUUAUUAGAGCAGCGGCUUGGGAGGUGAGGUUACUGGAGCUGUGUCCAUAGUUCUGCAGGCUUCAGUUGGUUCUGAAGGAAGACACCAGCCUUGCUGAGCAGCCAGCCCCAACCAAGGCAGGGGCUGAACUGCCUGCACCAGAGGGUUUCAAUGGUCAACUCCUUCCUCACAUCCCCUGGGGACGAAGUCUGGAUCAAAGACGCAAAGCCCUGCUCACAUGGAGGAAUGCCUCCGACAGCUCCUGCCCUUCCUAUGUGGGAAUAAAGUGAUAGGCAGGGCAGGUUUAUAGUGAACCAGUCCUUCCUGGCUCUGUGAAAAUGCAGUGUCUGUCCUUGUGUGCACAGAGGCUCAUGCCUAGAGCAGACGGCAGCAUAUCAUUGGGUUUGGUUUUAAAUCCCCAGUGUGUUGCACUAGUUGACUCCCCGCCAGUCCUCCUCCGCUGCCCUCGGUGACCAGCACGCACUCUGGUGACACUCCUUGCUACACAAAGCCAAGAGCCUGAGGAACUGAGGUUCCUGUUUUGCCCUCUUGCUUCUACUGAUACCCCCUGGCCCCUAGCCACUCCUUUUCCACCAGUGAAAGAGGAAGCAUAAGGUUUGCAGCACCACUUUUUGUGCCAUCCCUGGGUGCUCCUUUGCUUCAGGACCCAUUUGACACUUAAUUUCAGAAAUAGCAAAACUAUUGAGCUUGGCUUUCUACUUUGUGGCAAUCUUAGCUAGAAGCUAUGUUAAAUAACGUACUGCAAAAUAAAACGUGUACAGAGCUGUAGGAAUAGGAACAAGCAACACACAGCUCAGCAAGGCUUGGAGCCGUGCUGAUAAGACAAUUUCCAAGAAAAUGCCCAACCCUUAAAUUCUAUAAACUCUCUCUUCCCAGGUCAAUAACCUUUUAUGGGCUGAUUUUUGCUGUCAUCCUAUGUAAAAACACGGUCAAGGCAGAACUUUCUGCGAGUGAUAGCAGAAGGAGGAGAAACUGCGUUAUUACAAAGGGCUCAAAAAACUUUCUGGCAUAGAAAACCCAAACACACAAGGAAGGGGAGGUUUGGUAAGAGCUCCACUGCUCUUCGGUCAGGUCUCUCUUCGCUGGGGUCACACGGCCGGGCUCAGAGCCCCUCCAGGAGUUCACCCCACAGCACCCCAAAUUCAGAGAAAGCCUGGUCUCCUUGCAGAGGUUUUGCAUAACAUCCUGCAGUUCUGAUAGGAAAAAUGUUGUGUGGCUCUAGUCAAAGCACCAAGAGAGGGCUAGUUAGACUCACUCGAUUGCUUGGCUCCCUUGUUUCAUAGGGAUUUUUUAACAUAUAUGCAGGUGUGAGAGUUGACACAACACAGCAUGCAGCACUUUGGAGUCCAUCCAGCUUGUGUAUAAACACUUUUGAUCCCUUCUUAAAACUCUUUGGAGAUGUUUCAUAAACAUUAAACGCGUCUGAUUUCUAAGUCAUGAGCUGUUGGCCUGGCAGUCAUCCUGCAAUUGGACAAUCCUGUUGUUCACCAGAGCCUGGAGACUGAGGGACUUUAGCAUCUGCUCCAGGUGGGUCAAUUAGGGGAUCUUGCAGGGCUGAAGCCAAUUGCUGCAGCUUGCCCAGGGGAGGCUGGUGAUGCUGUAAGUGUAAUUUCCCAAUCCAGGAAUUGUUGGUGGACCCUGAGCUGCCUUGAGCCUUGCAGGUCUUGCUAACUCUGCGCAUCAGGCCUCAGCUGCCCCGUGAGCCAGGUCUCAGGGAGGUUACUGGAAGGACUCCAGUGGCCUGAAAUAGGAGUUGACUCAUGCCCUGAGAGCUCAAAAUAAAGUGUCUCUGCAUAUUAAAAAAUAUUAUGGAAACUGUAUCAUUCAUGCACAAAAGCCACACUACAAACUUGAUCAUAUAAAGUGCAUAAUAUUAUAAAUGGAAAGGAAAAUUGCAAAAGGCCUGGUGCGCAUUAACAUCGUUGGCCUGUGAAAACGUCCUUUCCCAUAAACACAGCUGUGACCUUGGGUCUAGCACAUGUAGGUAUCUGAGGCUAGAAAAUUGAGCCCCUGUCUGCAUUCCCUCAAGGUGCCCAUUUUCCUGUUGCAGUAGCUCAUUCCGAGGCCCAUCCCUUGCAUUGCUGGGAACAACCUUGAGCUGAUGCAUUUGACAGAGCUGUAUCCAUAGGCUGUGCUGUAUGGCCUCUCAAGCACCACAGCAGUGCCAGCUGCCACAAGGAUAGGGCUCAGAGCACCAGCCUGCAGGAUGUAGCACUUGGCUUGGCCUUUGUGUGACCUUUGACUCUGAGGUCAAAUCCUGCCCCACAGAUGGCGGCCAGGAUUUGGCUGUGGUGCUCAGCAGUGCAUCAGGAGCUGACUGGGGGCAAUGCAGAAGCAUGGGUCUGUCACCUCACAGCACUGCUCAGCAGGCUGAACCCAAGGCCCUUUCCAUUUGUCCCUCUGCUUUGCCUCAACACCAGCCCAGGACACUACUGUGGCAGAGGUGUCUCAGUGCACAUCCACCAGCCAAAAAAAACCAACUGAGUGCAAACACAUUUCAGCUUCCAGCCAAGCAGAAACAGAUGAAAAAGCCGCAAUUGCUAUAAGAUUGUCUAAUUUUUCUCCCAAAAUGUUCAGUUCAUUGGUCCAAACAAGGCUCAGGCCUGUUGAUGAUGCUGUGCAGGCUCUACACAAACACGGAACAUGGUAGUUGUAUCUGUGACAGGACCCUCCUGCCCCAGUGUUACGGCUUAGGAUGUGGGUCAGCUAACUGGGCUAUACUGGUUCCUCGUGGAGCGUGUUCUCCCAGCUGGCAUCAUGAGACACCAUCUGCAAUGACUGAACUCUUCUUGUAUUUUGGAAAUUUAACAAAUAAAUACUUGUUCAAAAUAAACUGGUGUUUUUUGGUGGGAGAAACAAGAGUGAACCAUCAGCCUUGGUGAUUUUGUGUAUGGGGCAGAGCUCCACAAGCACUAGGCAAUGCCCCAGCAUCUUGCCUGCCCUGUCCAGCUUGCUUCUCCUCCUGCAAUGGGCUUGGAUUGAAUGCAGGGGUCUGACUGCAGAGAGUAAUAGGGUGCGAACACUCACUUUCAUUUUUCACUCUACUUUUUUGGAAGGUGGAACAUUUUACAGUUGACAGCACCAUGCUAAACCCGUAUGAGGCAAGCAACUAUUUUUAACCAGACAGAGACUAUCUGAGAGUCUAUUGCUGAAUCAUUUUAAACAAGAAAGAAAUCAUGGGAUCCAAAAACAGAGCGGGUAGGAGGGAGUAGGAAAGCUAUCAUCCGCUUGUUCCAGCAACCGCUGAGCUACUUCAAGAUCAUGAUGACGACAAUCUUGAAGAUACAGCGCCUGCAGGGUCAUCUCCAGUAGCGGCUGCUUUUUAUGAAAAGCCUGUGCUUCCAGAGGGAGAUGGGUGUUCAGGUUAUUGCAGCAUGAGCUCAUUAAACCCUUUUGCAGCCAGGUACACCUUCAGAUCUGGGGAAAGAUGGGAUCUGUGAAGUAAAUCUUAGGCAAGGUUUGGGUUAUGCCAGGGUACAGCAGCAGCCAGAACCCUGUGGAUAUCUGGCAGCCUGCGAUCUCUCUCCAGACUCUGCUUUGCUUUGAUCUCAUCCAAAGACAACUAACAGUACCAUCAAUUUGUUAAUUACGGGGCUUUGCAAGGGGACAUUCCUGUUGCUAUUCACCUUCCUUGAAGGACAGGAGACCUUGUGCAGGGUUUGGUGCUCCUGCAAGAGCUGACCUUUUUGCUGGAGGAAGGGCAUGCUUGCAGGCCACACGUGGCUCGAUCUGUCCCCAGUUCAGUUGCCCUGAGUAACGGGGCCUGACACACGUGUUUUUCCAGAACGCAACCUCUUCAGAUCAAAUUAAUACUGUGAUUUCCAUCUGCUUCCUCCUCAACACAAACGAUGAAGACUUCCUGCAGGUAACAGCCAAACUUGCUCAAAGCUAGGACAUUAAAAUCAGUCUUUUGUUCUUGAGCACCUUCUGUAGUCUGAUUACUGUAUCAGUUCUCCCUUCUGACCUACAGAUCUGUAGGUCCCAAAGCAGCAGAAAGGGGCAGAACAGGGCAGGCAGGGAUGGAGUGGUUCCUCUGUGGGUCUGGAGGCUCAUGUAGGGAGGUUCUUACCUCUGGGUCUCCCAUUGCUUGUGGGAUGAAGACACUUAAGAGGCCUCAGAUCGUGAUCCUGGGCCUGGUGUCAUCACACACCAAUCUCAGCCUGCUCUGUGGUCUCCCAGGCAUCUCUGAAGUGGCAGCUGAGGUCUGUGGUUACACCACCAGAUUAACUGCCUUCCCCAUUUGAGGCGUGCAUAAGAAUAGUUGAGUUCUAGUCAUUCUGUGCCCAUAGGUCCUCUUUGUGCUAAGAGGAACCGAGACUUCAGUGGGAACAUCUUGCAUCAUGCAUGCUUUUCCUUUCUCCUGCUUAUCAGGGGGGUUACACCCGGUUGAUUAUAUUAAAGCCUAAGUUAUACGUGAAGCUGUGAAGCACAAGUAAAAAAUGCUGCUCAUGAGCAGACACCCCUGAAGAACAGC